AUGGAAUUUUUGAACCCUCUCCCACCUGAAACGAUCCUUGUCUCGCUUGAUGUUACCUCCCUCUAUACUAAUAUCCCCCAUGACGAUGGUAUAGAAGCCUGUAGGGAAGUCUGGAACUCUCGUAACACCUUACAUCCACCAACUGAAUGUCUCAUCCAGCUUCUAACUUUGGUAUUAAAAUCCAAUAACUUCACAUUCAAUGGUGAGCACUUUCUCCAAGUUAAUGGAACAGCAAUGGGAACAAAGAUGGCCCCGUCUUAUGCCAAUAUUUUUAUGGGGAAAUUAGAACAGAGAAUUCUCAAUUCUUUUCUUUAUCAACCCCUCUCUUGGUUCCGAUUUAUUGACGAUAUUGACAUGAAGUGGGAUAAUACUGAACAAGAACUAGAUUUGUUUAUUCAACAUACCCAUCCCUCAAUAAAAUUCACAUAUGAAAUCUCUGACUCUAAGAUCACAUUUCUUGACACUACAACGCAAUUGAGGGAUGGAAACAUAUUUACAGAUCUGUAUUGCAAGCCCACAGACAAACAUCAAUAUCUGUCUCCUUCAAGUUGUCACCCUAAACAUUGCACCAAGAGCAUUCCCUACAGCCAGGCCAUACGAAUAAAAAGGAUUUGCUCCACCAACGAUGUUGCCAAAAAACGACUACAAGAACUUCGCGGUCACCUAAAACAUCGGGGCUACAAAAUGAAAGACAUUGAUAAAGGUUUUUCUCGUGCCAGCAACGUCAGCCGAGAUGAACUUUUACAAUAUAAAGUCAAAAAGGUCAACAGGAGGGUGCCUUUUGUGUUGAAUUACCACCCAACAUUUGACAACUUGUCUCACCUUAUCCGCGAAAGUUGGAAAGAUAUCGAAAAACAUCCUAAACUAUCCAAGAUCUUUCCCGAGCCACCUGUACUGGCUUUCCGCAGGCCCAAAAGCCUUAAAGACUUGCUGGUGAGAGCUGAGUUAUGCUCUCAAGCAGGCUCUUCGUCAGUGGGCUCUUGUAAGGGUUGUGGAAACAAACGAUGUCUGACUUACAAACAAAUACUGGAUACCCAGACUUUUAACAGUCACUCCACUGGUACAGACUACAGCAUAUUUUGCAAUGUUAAUUGCAAGACUACAAAUGUUAUGUAUCUCCUACAGUGUGAAUGUGGUAAACAGUAUGUUGGCGAGUCAGAACAGCCGUUUCACAAACGAAUGAACGGUCAUCGUAGCGACUACCAAUGCAAGCCAGACCUCCCUCUUAGUCGACAUUUGAGAUCCCCUGGCCACACUAAGGUGGUUAUAUGUGCUAUUUCUGCCCCCGGUGAUUUAAUUCUAGAACAUACCCUAUUAUGCCUUAACGAAGUAGGAAAGACAUUUAGUAUUCGUCAAAAACCGUUUGACGAGAAAUUAGUGGCUACAGUUUUCAUGUCACUUCGAUCAUUUUUCAUGGAUGAUAUCCUAACUUAA